AUGUCAGCCAGGCGGCCAAAUCUUGCGCUCAGCGAGGCCGGUAGAGAAGACGCGAGGGAUACCGCGGUCCCAGACCAUGCUAUCAAGGCGUCUCCUCACUCCUCGACUGCUACCGGCAGCCAACCUCGAGAGGGCCCUCCACGCUCCGCAUCGCCUGCGUCCUCCAUCUCGCACCUCUCCCCCACCACCCAGACGCGAUUUGACCUCCCAAACCUCCCAGCGGCCCGACAGUCCGCGUCGAGCCUCAUGGACGCGAUAUUUGGCGGUCCAGCUCCCCCCGGGCCCUCCGCUGGUCAUGAUGCACCGGCAGCAUCGCGACCCUCCCCCGCCGGACCCACACAGCCCUCCAACAGCCCAAUUCGCGCCCCUCCCCCUCCAGGGCCGACAGUCCUGUUCAAGCGGAAGCCGAAGAAGAGCGUGUCGCGCACACCAUCGAGCCGCUCUCAUCAGAGCAAUGCGGAUACGGAGAGCUGGGACGUGCUGAGUGAUGCGGACUCGAGGCUGAACGAGGAGGCAGGGGAAGGGGAAAGGGACGAGGUGGUAGCUGAGCUACAGAAGAAGGUGGAUCGACGCAAGUCACAGCUUCCUCAGCUGGAGACGGAGCUGGCGCAGCUGGAAGCUCAGAUCAAGGCGGCAGAAGAGAGAUUGGCGAGAGUGCAGGUCGCUCAGAAGGCUGAAGGGGGACGGACGUGA